CCGCCUUUCUUCACCCCCUUUCCGCACCGGAAGUGGAAGUAGUAGCUUCCCAUGGUGCCUCGCGAGGAGGGAUUCAUUCAAACCGGUCAGCGGAGGGAGGAGGUUGUGAUGGCGGAGCCGAGGCCGGAAGUGGCGGCGGUCGAUGGUAAAGCGUGUGGCCCAACUUUCAGAGUUGGAAAGGAUUGAAGAUUCAGAAGGGUCCUGUGCCUCCAAGACAGAACUACUUGAGUCGGCCUCAGCCCAUGGCCCUUCCAGCAACCCAGAGCAUCUCUGUCCUGGAGAUUCCAUGGUCCCUGUGGUGUUUCCAGGACCUGUGAGCUCAGAAGGCUGCUGCCGAUUUGCCUGUGAGCUCCUAAAGCACAUCAUGUACCAGAGGCAGCAGCUGCCACUUCCCUAUGACCAGCUCACAGUCUUCUACUCUAAGCCCUCUCCCCAGGCAGAGGACAUGGUGAGGAAGAAAGCUGAGAGAAGCUACAAGAAAUUCCAGCAAGCCUUGGUAGAACUGGAGGGCAUCCUGAGUCACCUUGAGAGCCUCUUUGCCAGGACGCUGGUGCCACGUGUGCUGAUCCUUCUUGGAGGCAAUGCUUUGUGCCCCAAGGAGUUCUAUGAGCUGGACCUGGCUCGGCUGUCCCUGGGCAGGAUGGGGCAGAGCCUCAGCACCUCUGCUUGCCUGCGUCGUCUCUUCCGUGCCCUCUUCAUGGCUGAUGCCUUCAGCGAAGUGAAGGCUGCCCCAGCCAUGGGCACCAUCGUCAUGGCCCAGGGACAUCGUGAGUGUGGUGAGGACUGGUUCCGCCCCAAACUCAAUUAUCAGGUUCCCAAACGGGGCCACAAGUUGACUGUGACCUUGUCUUGUGGGGGUUCCCCCAUCCCAGAUUCUACCUGGGAUGAUUAUAUCUGGUUCCAGGCACCAGUGACACUCAGAGGCUUCCGUGAAUGAAGAGGCUUUUUGCUCUUGCAGGCAGCACAGCUGGUUCAUCUUUUUCACUGUGGGCCAAGUACCUCAAUUGCUUGACAGCUGAGCUGUUUGUUAACGAAAGGAUUUGUCCUGUGUGAGGGUUUGGUGCUUUCUCCCAGCUGUGCUUCUAAAGGUUGUGUUGUGGAGGCAUACUGUGAUAACUGAGCAGCCACAUCUCCCUGCUAAUCUCAGGGCCGAUUUCUUUUCUUCGGGGAUGAUGGGUCAAUCAGUCUGU